AUGGACUUGAACGGGACGGCAGCGUUUGAAGCGCGAUGUCGAAUUAAAAACAAUCCACUCGACAUUUUGUGGGUUCGGCUGAUGAUGUUCGCGCUUUAUGCAGCUGUAUUUAUUGUUGCAGUUUCUGGGAAUAUGCUGGUCGUCUAUGUAGUCACAAACAAUCGCCGGAUGCAUACUGUUACUAAUAUUUUUAUUUGCAACCUUGCCAUAUCGGAUUUAUUGGUCAAUUUUACUUCACUCUGGCUGACGCCGAUGUACACGUAUGUGGGCCACUGGAUUUGGGGCGGUUGGGUGUGCCACGGACUGCCGCUUUUUCAGGGCACCUUCAUCUUCAUCUCCACCCUGACCCUGAUGGCAAUAGCGGUUGAUCGUUAUUUUGUGAUAGUUAGGAAUUCGACGAUAGCCAAUUCGAAUGAUCGGGUCAGCUUGAAGAAAUGCGUGGUGAUAGUGUGCACAAUAUGGUUUGUGUCUUUACUUCUGGUGAUGCCAUACGCAAUUCACAUGGAGAUGGGCCUUAUCGGGCCGCCUUGUGAUUUUCACGUUUGUAUUGAACGAUGGGCUGAUGGUCCGCUUCGAACUGUUUACGGGCUUUGUGUGAUGGCACUACAGUUCCUCGUCCCGUUCGUGAUCAUCGGCAUCUCCUAUGCAAGGAUUUGGUCUUUUCUCAAUACUCAUGAAGAGGGUAUCUCGGCUCGAGGCACGAUCCAACGGGACAAAGCCCGGAAACAGCGGCUUCUCCGGAUGCUUGUGACAAUGGUGGUCAUCUUUGCCGUCUGCUGGUUCCCGCUCAACCUAUUAAAUCUGCUCCGGGACCACGGCCUGAAACCGUUCAACUCACCGGAAUUCGCCUUCCUGGUCGGCCAUUUGGUGGCGAUGACGGCGACCUGCUGGAAUCCGAUCCUCUACGCGUGGAUGAAUGACUCGUUCAGAAAGGAAUUCAUGAUGGCCAUUCCGUGCAUACGGCAAACGGGGAUGGCACGGCGGAUACGGACGGAUAGUGUACCGGCGUCGGUGCGGAUAAAUUGUCCUCAGUCAGCAAGUCUUGUGGAAAACCCAUAUAAAUAUUCACGACAAGCAAGCGUGGAUAGUAAGGGAUUCUCGAUUUGGGCUUCGGUGAAACAAAUGUUCACAAGAAGGCCUGCCAAAAACAUCGAUGAUAUGGCGCAGGAGCAGGUGUUAAAGGAGACCGUGGUGACCGAGGCGGUCGAAGCCUCGCCAACCGCCGAAGAGGCAGCAUUUACCUGC